CCAGUGCCCCCUCGAGUGAGAGCGCGAUUUUGCAUAGGCGGACUAAUUCGCGCUGUGUGUGUGUGCUACGGCUGUUCCUUGUCACUCAUUCUGUGAGCAGCCUGCGAGCGACCUCAGAAAGCAGCCGAGGAACACUUAAAAAAAAUAUAUUCAAAUACAUAAAACUAUAUUAGGGAGAAAAUACUGAAUUUGAAGAAGAAGUCGCUGACCCAACGCACUCCCCGCGUUCUCUUCUAGGAGCAUACCUUUGUAAGAAAUUGCAAUGCUUCAAACCGGGGAUAUCAUCUGGGCAUUGCUUUUCAUUGGCACUGCAGCCACUCUGCAAGUGAACAUCAUACCCGCCCAAGGCGAGAUCAGCGUGGGAGAGUCCAAGUUCUUUCUGUGUGAAGCUAUCGGUGAUGUGAAGGAAAUCGACUGGUUCUCCCCGAGUGGCGAAAAGAUCCUGCCGAACAGACAAGACAUCAGUGUCACCCGAAAUGAUGACUCCUCAACGCUCACCAUCUACAAGGCCAAUAUCGACAAUGCCGGCAUUUACAAAUGUGUGGCCAAGGAUGGCAACAUGGAAACUCAGGCCACGGUGACCGUGAAGAUCUAUCAAAAGCUCACGUUCGAGAGUGCCCCCUCCCCUCAGGAGUUCAAUGAAGGUGAAACCGCCAACAUUGUCUGCGAUGUAGUCAGCUCGCCUCCCCCCACGAUCAUCUGGAAACGCGGAAGUGGCAAAAUUCAGAUGGACAAAGAUGUACGGUUCAAGGUCCUGGACGGCAACCACCUGCAGAUUCGAGGUAUCAAGAAGACAGACGAGGACGAUUACGUCUGCGAGGGCCGUAUCAUGGCCAGGGGGGAGAUCGACUUCAAGAUCAUCAAGGUCGUCGUCAACGUUCUCCCGACGAUCCGGACCAGGCAGGCGGAGGUCAACGCCACGGCGGACGUCGGGCAGUCCAUAAUGCUGGCAUGUGAUGCGGAUGGCUACCCGGAACCGACGGUGACAUGGGCCCGCAACAACAUUGUCCUCGAGUCAGGCGAUAAGUACAGCAUCAACGACGAUGGCUCCGAGUUGCUAAUAAAGCACGUGAGGAAGGUGGAUGAAGGGGAUUACGCAUGCAUCGCCAAGAACAAGGCAGGCGUGAAGACUGAGGAAGUCAGCCUGAAUGUGUUUGUGCAACCCAAAAUCACGUACUUGAAGAACCAGACGGCUUCUGAGCUAGAGGAGCAGAUCACGCUGACCUGUGAGGCUUCGGGGGACCCCACUCCUAGCAUCGUCUGGAGCUUCGGCCGGCGCGUCUUCAACGAGGGAGAGCAGGCUUCCUGGACUCGACCCGAGACCCACAAGGUAUGGCUACUACUUACGCUGUGUGUUGGGAUUAGAACAGGGCAAGCCGGUGUGGCUGGGGAACCCGGCCAACAUCAGCUUCUGGAUGACAAUGUGGAGGUGCGCAGCCAUGCCCGUGUCUCCUCCCUCACCCUGAAGUAUGUCCAGUUCACUGAUGCUGGCCAGUACCUCUGCACGGCACGCAACCCCAUUGGGCAGGAUGCCCAGGCCAUGUACCUGGAAGUACGCUAUGCACCUAAGGUCCAAGGCAAGGUGACGGUGUACACCUGGGAGGGGAACCCGGCCAACAUCAGCUGCGAGGUGCUGGCCCACCCGGAAGCUUCUGUGACCUGGUUCCGUGACAGCCAGCAGCUGCCCGGCCCCAACACCACCAACAUCAAGAUCUUCAACACGCCUGAGGCGAGCCACCUGGAGGUCACCCCCGACUCACAGACAGAUUUUGGCAGCUACAACUGUACGGCUACCAAUGCGGUCGGCACAGAAUCCAAGGAGUUCCUCCUCAUUCAGGCAGAGGUGCCCUCCGCCCCGUUCAUCGAGCAGGUAGUGCCCUACUCCAGCACGGCCGUGGUGCACUUCGACGAGCCCGACGCCACUGGCGGAGUUCCCGUGCUCAAGUACAGGGUGGAGUGGCGUCUUCUGAACCAGGGAAACUGGACCAGCCGGAAAUACACCUCCGAUGACGGUAUAAACACGAUCACCAUCACGGGUUUGAAACCGGUGACCAGUUACGAGGUGAAGAUGUCAGCCAUCAAUGGCAAAGGUGAAGGAGAGAGCAGCGCACCCAAAGAUUUUAGGACAGAGCCAGUCCGCUAUUCUUUUACAAUGACCUCCAAAAAUCCAUUGGAAAGAAGACAUGUUUUUAUUUUGGCCAACGUUGACGGCAAGGCUAGGAACUUUACACGGAGAAUUAGGAAUAUCAACUGGAGGAGCCAGUUUGGGCUUCCUAGAGCAGUUGUUGGUGACGAUGGAGGGGAAGGGAUACCUGAAGAUGAGAACGAGAGCAGCAUGACAAGCUCCUUGGGGGAAAUGGGGACAGUAGACAAUACCGUGGAAAGAGGGUCACACAAUAUCACCAACAAGGACUUUCCCAGCCACGUCUCCAAAGUCUCUUCAGAGCUCCCCAAGGAUUCCAUGGAGCAAACCCAAGGACAAUUGCCUGAGACUACUGCCCCAGAGUUCCAAAGUAAUACUACAGUGCUUGUGCCAUCAGUCACAUUGGUGAGUGACCCAAAGGAGAGCAAAAUAUUUACACAGCUAAUGGCUGAGGUCUCAGCCCCAGUAAGUGAUGGUGCCUGGAACGUCACCAUAGUUCAAACGACAGAUGGAACAGCUGUCACCGAAACUACAGACGAGGGCAUAGCUACGACUGACACUACCGAUGGAUGGAUAACUGCAACCAAAACAACAGACUGGGACAUGGACACAACUGAAACCACAGACGUUUAUAUAGACGUGACAGAGCCUACGCUUUGGGCCACGGAAACGAUAUUCACAACUGACGUUCCACCAUCAAGGCUCCCCACCAUUAAUAUGGCUCGGGCUGCUCCUGUAGACAUGGCAAGAGACUUCUGGGCGAUUCCAUCAGUGACUCCAGCCCCCAUUUCUCCAAGCACUGCACCUUCUAAAGGAGAGCCAAACCCCCCCAAACUGGAGGGCAAGCUGCAGUCGACGGGCAAUGUUCUCAAGGUCAACUGGAUCAAGCAGGAUGAUGGAGGGUCACCUAUCAAGCACUACCUAGUUAGAUACAAGGCUAAGCACGUGUCCGACUGGAAGCCAGAAAUCCGCCUGCCCAGCAACAGCGAACACGUGGUGCUGAGCGGCCUGGACUGGAACACGGAGUAUGAGGUGCACGUGGUGGCGGAGAACCAGCAGGGCAAGUCCAAGGCCGGCACCUUCAGCUUCCGCACCUUAGCUGAGCCCACGGCCAUUCCAGACCCCAUGAUCAACGGCUCCAGCCUGAGCACAGGUGCCAUCGUGGGCAUCCUCGUCGUCAUCUUCCUGCUGCUGCUGGUGGCUGUAGACAUCACGUGCUACUUCCUCAACAAGUGUGGCCUUCUCAUGUGCAUCGCCGUCAACUUCUGCGGCAAGCCGGGCCCCAGCUCCAAGAACAAGGACAUCGAGGAGGGGAAGGCCGCUUUUACGAAGGACGAGUCAAAGGAGCCCAUCGUGGAGGUGAGGACCGAGGAGGAGCGCACACCCAACCACGAAGGAGGGGGCCAGGUGGAACCCAACGAGACCACUCCCCUGACAGAACCUGAGAAGAUGGUCCCAGCAGACAACAAAAGCAAACCAGAGGAGACAGAUGUUAAGAAAACCCCGUCGGAAGUGAAGACGGACCCUAACGAAGCCGCUCAAACAAACGGGGAUGAGGUCAAAGCAUGAUCGAGCCCAACUGGAACACGUCAGUCACAGCUCUUCAAGACGUCACACCACAACAUUGAAACGAGAUUACAAAUGGUUUCUUUCUUCAGUGUCUUUUAUGAGUUUUCAGAACAAGCAACGACUUUGUAGAUCUGUAGAAUGGAAUAAGAUCUUGUGUACAUGCUUUCCCCCCCCCCCCAAGUUCAUUUUUAUUUUGUUUUGCGUUUUGUUUUGUGUUUUGUUUUCAGCGUACUUUUUAACAUUCAAAGUAAAAAAAAAAACAAGAUCUUGUAUUUAAGUUCUAUCUUGAUUUAUUGGAGGGAAACAAAAUUGAACUUGAAGGGCACUCUUUUGGGGAAAUUGUGUGAGUAAUCUCUCUCAAGUGGAACAACAUCUCCGUCAGUCAGAGUAGAUUACCGAGAGGAAAUGUAGCUUUAUCCGAUAACAACGCCUUUAUGUUGUGCACACACACACUAUUUCUAAUUAUGUCUGUUCUAUUAUGUGCUGUAUCGCCACAGUUAUUUUCACUGCUAAUGAGUUGUUUUAAUGUUCUCUUGUGUUAAAAGAUUAUGUGCAAAAAUAACUGCCUUUUAUGUUAUAUAUUUUUUUAAUCGUCAUUAUUUUGAGGGAUAUAGUAUAGAAUUAGCAUGCUUGCUUGGCCAAAAGAGGUUUCCGUAUUCCAUUUUUUUCUGUUUUUUUUUUCUUUUCAGAUGUUUACACACCUUUAAUCUUUCUUCCCCUUUUUGAACACGGCUUGAUUUAAUGCAAACACGAAAAUACAAGUGAAGGCGCAGCAUUAUGACGCAGUUAAAAGAGUCUGAGUUUGGCAGUCUGGUUGCGGUACCAAAAGACGAAUUCAUACAGGCAGUUGUAGGAAAACCUGCUCCACGCCGAUUGAUUAUCUUGUAUCCCCCCCCCCCUCCCAAAAACCAAGAAAAUUAACCUGUUCCUCAGAAUGGUGUGUGUGGGGAGAGUAGGGACAGUGAUGUGCUAUUGGCCUGCACAAAAGUGAGGAAUGGUGACCCAUUAGCCAAUGGGGAGAGGUGGAUGGGUUCCCCGAGUAUCACCUCCUCCACAGUGCUAUGGUUGAGCACAUCACACAUCAAGGAACAGUCAUCUGAAACCAGUCUCCAGUUGUUUACCAAGCAUGGAGAAACCUCAGAAUGGCUAAGAUGGACCAAAUUUGUUCGCUUUAUGUCCUGAGGUGUUUAACAUGAGUGAUCAAAAGUCAGUAUCUUCGAUUUGACCCCCUCGUCAGAAGUGUGAAUAAGAAGAGCGGUUAGGCAUAGAAAAAAGUAAUGUGCUUAGGAGGAUAUUAACCUGUCUUUAGGCAUAGUGAAGAGCAGAAAUGCCUGAACAAAUUCAUAAUUUAAGCCAUAGUGCUCCGGUGUGGACGUGGAAACACAAAAUGCCCAGUCAGACCUUCUUUUGUACAGGAUGUUUUUCAUUCUUUUAGACUGCAAGCUUGUGCACUGUGAAUGCGUGAAUAUUCUAGUGUGAAUUAAAAAAAAAAAAAUGUGUUCUUUGUCAUAGAAUAAUAAAAAAAAAAAAUCUGCAUAGUUUGGUUGUGAACGGUAUAGCGGAUAGUUCGAGACGAAAUGGGUCUAUGAAAAAUGACAGCGACAGACGAUAAAAAGGGAGAAACGGUGCCUUCAGAGAGAAAAACAAACGUUGAUCCUGGCAUGCGUUCUGCGCCUGUAACAGAGAGGAAGCUUAGAUUGGCUGAAGUCUGGGUUUCUCCUGUCCCCGCCCACUGCCAGGCGCUGUCACUCAGCGCCAAGGCCCACAGAGAUGUCGGUUAGCGCCGUUACUUGUUCAUGAGAUUGAAUCCUGGGAGAAAAAAAAAAAUACGAGAGUAAAUGAGUAAGUAGCAGUUAUGUCACGUGGCUCAAUGUGUUUCUGCAUAUAACAGACUCAGUGGAUGACGGCUGAGGCAUUUUUCUUUAAAGAGCGGGGGUGUGUGCACUGCUUGAAGUACGCCUAUACAUUAUGCAAACAAACAAGCAAAACAAUACAAAAACAGGAGCAUUGUUAAACAGCAGGAUCUGUAGAGGGCAGAGGGAGCAGCUUCAUCCCAGCCUUAAAUUAACAGCCUGCAAAAUUGAACAUGAGGGGUCACUGACUUUGACCCUCAUCGCAUCUGUCCGAUACAUCAGGCGAGACGUGCAGGAAAGUUUCAAGAGAAAUGCAAGUGAUCCAAACUUAAGAAAAUAUAUAAAAACACCAAAAAAAAAAGAAGACAAAUAUUGUGUUAUUAUUU